AUGACCUUCCCUCCCCCUCACCCUUCCGCCCAAUCGUCGAUUGCUUCUGGCACCGAUAAACCUUCUUCGACCAGGACUGAGAUUGGUGCCUGGGGUAGGUCCGCGUCGCAGUCCGGCAUUCGUCGUGGGUUGACUCCUCUCGCGACCAACCUCUCCUCCGCUACCCCCUCUGCUUCCUCCCGGGGCUUGGACUCAGGCCCUGGGGUCUCUACACCAUCAUCCUUUUCUGCCGUUCUGAGCUCCACCAGGGGUCUUUCCGGCGGUAGCCCCAAGCCCGCUCCCUCACCAUUUACCUCGCUACAGACUGGCUCGCAGCAGCAAGCCCAGUCGCUUUCUUCACCCAAGUUCCGAGCACACACCCCAUCCGCUGGGUCCUAUUUCGCCUCAGCAACAGGUUCCAUCACGGGUGGUGGAGGCUCAGGGGGAGGUGGUGGGCCGGGUUCUUCCAGAGGUGUCGCCUUUUCACCACUGUCGUCCGGCACAACCGUGAAUUCACCCACGGGCUUCGCUUCAGACAAGCCCGGAUCGGCAGCUGCCCAUUCCAGUCAAUCGUCGCUCACAAAGAUCUCGAUUGCGCAAGUCUUCCUCCUAUUAGACUCAAUCACGGAGAAGGAGGGAAAAGAAAAGUGGGAGACAAAGGCUGCUCAGAUACACAAGCUUGUGACAUCAAACGGCAUGGAGGUCUUCUCGAAAUACUUCCGCCGCCUUCUCACAGGCAAUGCGCCCCAGAUUUUUCCUGGGGUCAAUAAGUCCGUCGAAAAUGCGGGCAACUACCAACUUCUCGUGCAGGAAAUGCAGAAAGUGUCAUCGGAUAUAGAGCAAUCUCAGAAAAUUGCAGAGACAGUAGAUACAUCCGAGGGUGACAUCUUCCGUGAUUUCGAUCUUUCCACCUUCCUGGAUCACUUCCGUCUGGAUCCCAUUGUGAAGGUUGCCCUUGCUUUGGCUUUCAAGAUGACAAACAAGUCUGAUCUUCGAGCUAAGGCGGAUGCGAUUCUCUCCAACUCCCUUAAUCCCUUCUUGCACAGCCUAUCAACCUCUUCCGACGCAAACAAGGAUUUCCAUAACUCUUUCCUUGGGAUGACGAUCGAACGAUUCAUCCUUUACCCUCCCCGCAAUUUCACCGACGACGUUAAGGCGAAGCUGGUCUACGCAGCAAACAUGCGAUACCAGACCUUGGGUUUGGACAUGCCAUUCGAAGUUUCCUCCGCUUUGCAAAUGUUCAACUUUGUGAACCCUCGAUAUACCCUUGUGCGACAGCUCCACUCUAAAGGACCUCGUGCAACGAGCAACGUUGAGGCAAUCACCGAGAUGAUCAAUGCGGCGGGUCCAGACAGCUGGACUGAAGAGACUCUUGCUAGUGCUCUUCUUUUCAUGACCCUGUCUCAGUACUGGCAACAGUUCUCGUUGGAGACUCUUAUCAGUGCAUAUGCCGAAAAGCAGCUUAAUUGGUCCCUUGUGUUGCGGCAAUUCGACCGAGAGGGACUGAGAGUGGACCCAGGACAAUUUGAAAAGCUGUAUACAGCGCUUUCUGCCGCCGCUGUCGAUGAUCCCUCACUGGACCUCCAGAAGCUUUGGGGUGGUGAAUGGGACCAUCGUGAUACCCAAAUCUCAUUCUUGACGGCCUUUGUUGCUUCUAGAAUCGACCCAUCCCAGAUUCGCGACUUCCGUGCGACGUUCUCUACGGACUUCUUCGAUGACGCUCCUGAGAUGGUCAAGCUGCAGGGAGAGCGUGCAGCUAAAUCACCUCUUCGGUCCAUGGAUGCUAUCAAAGCAGUCUUUGAUAUCGCGCUGUUUUCUCAGGCCCACUGGGCUGCGAAAGAAAGUCAGCAGCUUAUCAAGGCGGUGGUGCAGUAUGACCUUCCAAUCUUUCUCAUUUCCGCUUUGGCUAUUCCCCAGCCCUGGUCGAAUGUUCAACAGAGCUUCGUUCUUCGAACCUUCGUUGUCUUCAUCUCAAAACAAGAAGAUGGCUACCAACUUGCUCUUCAUGGAGCUUGGCGCCAGGAUCGCCAGUGGGUUUCAGAGCAACUGUUCGCAGCUUUCAGCCAAGACCCCACCUCUACUGCGAUGAUUUAUGAGCACGCUGUUAACUUUGGUUGGCUCGAGUAUUUGCUUGGUUUCACCAAUGGGCUUGCUCUGGACCUUGCUUGUUACUCUGAUCGCAGAGGCUCGUUUGACCUCGGACAGUGGAUCCGCAUUACUGCCCAGAAAGGUCAGGUUGACAUGGGUAGCCUUCUGUCCAAGUUCUUGCGAAUCAAGGCCGAGGAUGAGCUACAUGUGCAGCGAAAGGAACAAUCUACGCCACAGAUGGUCAGCCUUUCUGUGAGAACUGUUUAUACGCUUCUUUCAGUCCUGGAAGAAUUUGUGGGGGAUCGUGAGAAUCUCACCCCUGUUCAGCGCAUUUGCAUUCAAACCUACCCUCGAUUGAUCAACUAUGGCGAAGGAUUUGAUGACAUAAUCGAUGCCAAUGGCGAAAAUGGCAACACAUUGCCCGAGAUGAUCGAUAAGCAGAUGCAGGCAUUGUUCGGCAAGAUGUACCACGACGAGCUCUCACUCAGGGAGAUGUUGGAGCUGAUGCGGCAGUACAAGUCAUCACGCAAGCCCGAGGAGCAAGAACUGUUUGCUUGUAUGGUGCAUGGUCUCAUCGAUGAAUACCACUGCUACCAUGAAUAUCCACUUGAUGCCCUCACAAAAACUGCGGUCAUGUUUGGUGGUAUUAUCAACUUCCGUUUGGUUGAUGGAAUCACGCUGAAGGUUGGACUCGGUAUGAUUCUAGAGGCCGUCAGGGAACAUGAGAUCCACAACCCGAUGUUCAAAUUUGGUGUAGAGGCAAUUGAACAGCUCAUGGACCGCCUCUCUGAGUGGGCCGGCUUCUGUCACCUCUUGCUUCAAAUCCCGACCUUGCAGGGCACCCCGAUCUUCCAGAAAGCUGAGGAGGUUCUUCGAGCCCAAGGCAAGGAGAUUGCCGAUGGAGAGGCCGAAAAAUGGAACAUUCGUCCCUCUCCUUUGCCCAAUGGUGAUAAUGAUGAUCGCUCUGUAGAUGGCAGUUCCUUCAAGUUCCGCUCUGUCUCAGUGGACCCGCCUCUGCGGUCAGAUCUUUAUCAGGACCCAAAUGAGGAUACCCAGGACAAAAUCUUGUUCGUAUUGAACAACGUUUCUGAACAGAACAUCGAAGAAAAGCUACGGGAUCUGCGUGAAGUUUUGAGUGACCAACAUCACCAAUGGUUUGCUGCAUAUCUGGUGGAAGAGCGCGCCAAGUUACAACCCAACUUCCAGAAGCUUUAUCUUGAUCUCCUUGAUCGGAUUGGAGAUAGGAUUCUCUGGGCUGAAGUCUUGCGAGAGACAUAUGUCAGUGUCUCCAAGCUGUUGAACUCCGACGCCACUGUUAGCUCCUCCACCGAACGAGGUCAUCUCAAGAAUCUCGCUGCCUGGCUUGGCUCUUUGACAAUCGCCAAAGACAAGCCAAUCAAGCACAAGAACAUUUACUUCAAGGGCUUGCUUUUGGAAGGCUACGAUGCUCAGCGCCUCGGGGUCGCAAUUCCAUUCACUUGCAAGGUUCUAGUCCAAGCUGCCAAGUCAACCGUAUUCAAGCCUCCUAACCCGUGGCUGAUGGACAUCCUGGGACUCUUACUGGAGCUUUAUCACUUUGCUGAAUUGAAACUCAACAAUAAGUUUGAGAUCGAGGUGUUAUGCAAAGAAAUUGCUCUUGACCAUAAGACUGUCGAGCCCGCUGUCAUCAUUCGUGACCGCAGUUCUCAAGGCGAAGAAGUCCUACCACCGACCGCAAACAUUCCAGAAGGGCUUGAAGCUUUCGAAGAAAUGGGUCUUACUUCCAUCAACCAGGGAAUCCGCAAUGAACGGUUAUCGCCUGCUGCCAUCAUGUCAACUCUGCCAAGUCUCGAAAAGAUCCUUGUUCUACCUCCAUCAGCGAACAGCAUGGUGGACGCCACUGUUCUGAGAACAAUCGUCACGUCGGCAGUGGAGCGUGCCAUCGCGGAAAUCAUUACCCCUGUUGUGGAGCGCUCGGUCACCAUUGCUUCAAUUUCUACUGUCCAGCUUGUCUCAAAGGACUUUGCCAUGGAGCCCGACGAGGAGAAGGUGCGACAUGCCGCCGGUAUCAUGGCCCGACAACUUGCUGGAAGUCUUGCCCUCGUCACCUGCAAAGAGCCAUUGAAGGUCAGCAUGACCAACUAUAUCCGAAUGAUUCAACAGGAGGUAUUGGAUCAGCCUAUGCCCGAAGGGUUGAUUCUGAUGUGCGUCAACGAUAACCUGGAUGCCGCUUGCGGUAUUGUCGAGAAGGCCGCUGAAGAGAAGUCUCUUCCUGAAAUUGAGAAGAUGGUCGAACCUCAAUUGGAGGCGCGUCGCCGUCACCUCGCGACUCGCCCCAAUGAAGCCUUCAUGGAUCCUUCAAUGAACCGUUGGGGUUUCUACAUUCCAGAGCCUUAUCGCCAAACUCCUGGUGGUCUGAACAAGGAACAACUGGCCAUCUAUGAAGAGUUUGCCCGCCAAUCGCGAGGCACCACUGCCGCUGUUCACCCUCAGAAUGUUUCGGCUGACUCUGGCCGUCAACUUCCUGAUGUGCUCCAAGAAUCGUACCCUGCCAUUCCAAACCUUUCUACACCCGCCGAGCAGCCUGCUGUUCCUCACCGAACACCUCAGGCGCAGGCUGUUUCACAGAUCAGCGGUGUACACACCAACGGUUUCAUCGACACUCAAAACCCACGAGAGAAAGUUGAGUCUCUCAUCUCCGAACUGCAACAGGCCACUCGCGAGGCUACAGAGGAACGUGUCAAAGAUCUUGGCAGGGAUAGUGCUGUUCUCCAAGAAUACAAUACGGCUUUGCGCACCAUUUUGGCCUCACCAAAUGGCGAGGAGCUGGCACGACUGACCUCUCUGAAGGUUUGCACUACUCUCUACUCGCAGCCAUCGGGUGCCUUGGAACUUGAAGUUCUUGUGCACCUACUUGCUAAGCUGUGCGAUAUGUCUACGCUGAUCGCACGCUACACCUGGGCGCUCUUAGCGGAGAUUGAUGACGAGCACAUGUUCAAUGUCCCCGUCACUGUUGCUCUCAUUGAUGCUGGUCUCUUGGACAUUCGUCGCGUUGACAUGGUACUGAGUCGUCUUAUUGCACAGAAGGACGUCCGUGCAUUGGAACUACUUGAUAGUUUAAUGAGCCGUGUUCUUCUCAACGAUGAGCCAGCAGCUCUAAGAUCGGACUUCUCCGGCAGUCUCGAAGCAAUGAGCCAAUGGCUUGCUGAGGAUGCAAACGUGGCCCCUGCCUUGGAUAUUGUCCGCAAGCUGCGCGACGGUGGUAUUCCCGAAGUCGUCAACCCACUUCUGACCGAUUCUGCAAGGUCUAAGCGAGAUCAAAUGGAGUACAUUUUCAGCGAAUGGAUUGGCAUUUACAAAGCCUCCGGUGCCACUGACCGCACAUACCAUUCCUUCCUUCAGGAUAUGCACAAUCGGCAGGUUAUGAACAACCCUGAAGAUUCUGCUGUGUUUUUCCGUCUCAGCAUCGAUAUCUCUGUGGGCAUGUUCGAGCACGAGUACCAGAACCCCAACGGUAGCCUCGAUGAAGCUUUCCUUUACAUCGAUGCCCUCGCCAAGCUUGUCGUGCUUCUUGUCAAGUUCCAGGGCGAGCACGCCGGUGCUGUUAAGGCCAACAAGCCCGCCUAUUUCAGCUCUAUCCUUUCUUCUCUGGUCCUCGUUCUUAACCACCACCAGGUCAUGCGAGGCGAGGCGUUCAAUCAGCGCGUCUUCUUCCGUCUGUUCUCCACCAUCCUCUGUGAAUACUCAAUGGCCGGCUUCCAACAUCACGAGGAGCACAAGGGCAUGAUCUUUGCUCUGGCCAACCGCCUACUGUCUCUUCAGCCCAAAUACAUGCCUGGAUUUGUCCAUGGUUGGUUGGCUCUGGUUUCGCACCGGGUUUUCAUGUCGGACAUGCUGAACAUGCCGGACCGUGAAGGCUGGGCACCCUACUGCGAGAUUAUGCAAGCCCUGCUUGCCUACAUCGGCGAGCAACUCAAGGCUGCUAACAUCUCGUAUGUUGCCAAGGACUUGUACAAGGGUGUGCUUCGCAUCUUGCUGAUCCUGCACCACGAUUUCCCGGAGUUUGUCGCUGAGAACCACUUCCAAUUCUGUAAUGUGAUUCCUGCACACUGUGCUCAGCUGCGCAAUCUUGUUCUCAGUGCCUACCCAUCGUCUUUCCAAAAGCUCCCGGAUCCUUUCCGUGAGGGCCUCAAGGUCGAACGCAUUCAGGAGAUGCGGGAAAUCCCUAAGAUUGCGGGUGACGUUGCAGCUCCUUUGGAGCAGGCGAACAUCAAGGACGUUGUCGAUACAAUUCUCCAAAGCGGCAAUGCCUCUGAGGCCGUUGUUCAGCAGCUUUGCGACGCUGUUACUAAUCCUGAAUCUACGGAUACUGCUUUGUUAUACGUACCUAUCAACGUGGACGUUGUUCUUCUGAAUGCGCUGGUCUUGUACAUUGGCCAGCAAGCUGCUGAGGAGCAAGCCUCUAAGAGCAACAUCCGCAGCGCUUUUGAGAACUCGACUCAUGCGGCUCUUCUCGAGAAGCUUGCCCAGGCCAUGCAGCCUGAGGCUCGGUACUACCUCCUCAGUGCGAUGGCAAACCAGCUGCGAUACCCCAACAGCCACACGUAUUUCUUCAGCUUCACCAUCCUGCGCCUGUUUGGUGUCGACUACCCCGAGCAGGAUGAGUCCGACAUCCGCCAGCAGAUAAUCCGUGUGCUUUUGGAGCGCCUUAUCGUCCAUCGUCCUCACCCGUGGGGCUUGAUCAUCACUUUGCAAGAGUUGCUCCAAAACCAGAGCUAUUCCUUCUUCCGCCUUCCCUUUAUCCAGGCGGCCCCAGAGAUUGGUCGGCUUUUUGAUGCCCUCCUCCAGCACAUUCAGCAGCAAAGCCCUCGCCCCUAG